AGUAAAAUUAUUUCGUGAUAUCAACAAACAUUAUUUAUGCGCGAAGUAUUUACUUUCGCUAGUAGCGCGUUAUUGUUAUGUACACAUCAUUGUUGUGCGUGUGUCUUGGCUCGUGGCCUUGUACGUCAUAGCAUCAUUCGUGCCGCGAGCCUCGAGUGAGUCGGCAGCAGCGCGAGACGCUCCUUCCUAUCGUCUCUCGAAACGCGAUUAUCUCGUAUAUUAGAGACUUUGCAAUUAUCUAACCGCGCGAUUAAUUAGUUUGUGAUUAUGCCGAUGCCAUUUUUGAAGUCAUUCACAAAAUGUCGGGUAUAAAACAGGUUAACUCAAGUAUUAUUGCGACGUGCGCAUAUUCGUUAACAAUGAAGAUAGCGUUGUAUAAAUUCGAUCGCGCGAAUUUUCCGACGUUAAGUUGAUCGUAGUUUUCGCGUUCUUUAUAAAAUAAACUAAAUAAAGUGUGUGUCGUACGCGAUUUACGUCGCGAGUAAGGUUAAGUGCCGUGCGAUCGUCAUUAGUAAUUAGUGCGCGUAUCGUUAACCGAGUAUCGUUGCAUGAGAAGUGUUUUCGCGAGUGCCAUGAAGAGGAGCAACCAAAAAGAUAAACGAAAGAGAGGAGGAGGAUGUCCGGGAAGACAUCGGAUAUCGGCGAAACUCCGAGAAUGGACCAUGAAGAAACGCGGUGCCGGCUGGUAGUGGACAAGCGAUCGGCCACAUCGCUUCCGCCACAUCGUCGUCGGUCGUCGCUCGCGACGCGUUCCCGGUACGUCGUUCUCCAGACCCGAAACGAGCGGCAGGUGUCGUGCGUGGCAGCAGAUACGAGCUUGACAGGUGCGAUAAUCGGGGGUGGCCCGGUCGUUGCCGCCGCCGGGCCGGCGAUGCGACGAUGAGCUCGCCGAGGGUGCUGCUACCCCUCCACACCCGACCAAAGCCCCGCGUAGUAGCAAGGCCGGGUAGUCUCAGAAGCUGCAACAGCGAGGCCGAGCGACGAGGAGCGGCAGGCGGUUCAAGGCCGAAAUUAUCCGCGUGGCCAUGGACCACGAGGCAAGAAACGGAACCGGCGGCAACGACAACGAGAAGCUCACCAAUAUCUACUUCAUUGUCGGCGACCGCAGGGAGACGGCCACUUACAAGACGAACCAGGUCACGGACAUGGAACUCAAGGAGCUCUUUAGAAGCGCGGCAGAGGCUGGCCCUCUGGAUAUCGUAAAGCUUCGCAAGGGAGAGAAGCUCCUCAACAUUUCGACCCAUCUACCGCCGAAUACGCCCGAUACGCCCUAUGUUCUUCAGAUCGUUGGUGCGCAUCCCGCUUCCACGGGGGUGAUCGAAGCGGAGGUGCUUUGGGCCCUGGAGAGGCGCGUGGCAACUCUAGAGCGACAAUUGCGAGAGCAUCAGGAAGCUUUAUACGCCACACCCUCCCUCGCUUUGCGGGAAUUGAAACGCCAAGUGGAUAGUUUCAAGAACAAAUUGGAGAACAACGAUCAGUUGAACUGGCUUAGUCUUUACAAGCAACUUUCGGAGCCCAUCUAUAUGGAUUCCUGCCGCAGAUUGCAAUAUCGUCGAAAGAGUGACAGCAUGAAGCGGAAAGUUCGGGAGAAGUUCCUCAAUAUCUGCGACGUAACAAUCUCGUCGAGUGUCCGCGAAUGGUUACGCUCGCCAGCCUUCGACGCGCGACAAUGGGAAGAUGAAGAGCUGCUACUGAUGCUGCAGACCAUGUUCGUCGAUCUUGACCUGCCUGAAAAGUUCAACAUUCCCUUGCCAAUUCUGAGGAACUUUCUUUACGAGGUCUACAAUAAUUACAACGAGGUGCCGUUUCAUAAUUUCAGGCAUUGCUUCUGCGUGGCACAAAUGAUGUACGCGAUAGCCUGGGCGGUGGAUCUUCCGUCGAAAAUCGGCGACCUCGAGGUUCUCAUAUUGAUCGUCUCCUGCAUCUGUCACGAUCUCGAUCAUCCGGGCUACAACAAUAUCUAUCAGAUAAACGCGCGGACUGAACUAGCACUGCGUUACAACGAUAUCUCGCCUUUGGAGAAUCAUCACUGUUCCGUGGCGUUCCGGGUCCUGGAGGCACCCGAGUGCAACAUCCUCGCGUCCUUGGACAAUCUUACCUAUAGAAUAGUGCGCGAGGGCAUUAUACGAUGCAUCCUAGCGACCGACAUGGCCCGGCACAACGAGAUCCUCGGCCAGUUCAUCGAUAUCAUUCCUGAAUUCGAUUAUACCAACAGAGCACAUAUAAAUCUGCUAUCCAUGAUCCUUAUCAAGGUAGCCGACAUAAGUAAUGAGGCGCGCCCGAUGGAAGUCGCGGAACCAUGGCUGGACAAGUUACUUCAAGAGUUCUUCAAGCAGAGUGACGCGGAGAAACUCGAGGGUCUUCCGGUCACGCCAUUCAUGGAUCGCGACAAGGUGACCAAACCAUCGUCCCAGGUUAGCUUCAUCGGCCUAGUUCUUCUCCCCCUCUUCGAAGCCCUCGGCGAACUUCUUCCCGAGCUACAGAAUCUCAUAGUUCAACCCGUCAGGGAAGCUCUGGAGUACUAUCGCAGACUGAACGAGGCAACGAGGCUGGAACGUCAUCAUCGGAAAAGUGUCAUAGAUGUCGGAGAAUCAGGUAUAUCCAAUGCGCCGAGCGGCGUUGGCAGCUCGUCAGCUCGUCCCAAAUCCACGUCGUCGCACAGCAUGCGUUCAAAGCGAUCCGCCACGACAAUCCACUCGCACUCGCGCUCCACCGACAACGAUAUUACGGAGAACUUGACGAUGGAGGAGAUGGAAAAUGUCGAGAGCUCUGAUCCGGAGACCGCCACGGAAGUAGAGAUCAGCGAGAAGACGCUCAAGUUCAAGAUUUCCACCGAAGGCACACUGGCCGGCCCGACUACCGGCCGGAAGAGUUGCCCCAGCAGCCGCAAGGGCAGCCGGGAGAAAUCCUCGUUAGAUUAUCAUAAUCAGGAUCUGAUCAAGGCCGUUCGGAAACACGAGCGCGAGAGGAGACGCAGCAGCAGAUGCGAAAAUCUCGGUAGCGAUCUCAGUUUGCCGGUCAGCGCGAGAUCCGCCGAAGGCACGCGUAUUCUCGAGGAAAUUGAGAAGGAGGCGACAACAUUUCUAGUCGCUAAAAUUGAAGACAGAGCGCCAGAGGGAAACGGUAAUAUCGUCGUGGCAGAGGCCCACUCGCAACCGAGGAACAACGUGAAGAAGGCCGGCACGGUCAUAGAAAAUAUUCAUGAAAUCCGAUCUAGUCGUAAGGAUGCACACGGCAGUCGAGAAUCAAUCAAUCUGCGAUGUUGCUGCGACGACAGAACUGGGUCGAAUAAUCACAAGUCUUUAUUCUCACGGCUGAGAAACUUUACGGAUCGUCUGAGCAGCAGUUUUGACUCUAAGGAUUCGCCCAGUCCAAAACCAAAGCACGCGUCCAAGAUGCUCACUAAGAGCAACUCGGUGAGCAGCGGUUCCGCCGCGACUUCGGGGAGGCAUAACAAUUCUUUGUUCAUCUGUAAGCGCUGCAACCUUGUUAAGUCUUCGAUUAAGGACAACAGCAAAGCUAUUGGAACUGUGGUGGAGUCAUCGUCGGUUGACAAACGAGCGAUGACUCUGCCCAAGAUUCGCAAAUUCACAGACAGCAAGAACAAAAGCUGGCGGACGGUGUUCACUAAAGAAAAGAGAUUGUCCACUUCUUUGGAGGCUUUGCCGGCAGCUGGCUCGUUUUCCAAGCACCGCAGAAACUUAUCGAAUCCCGAGGGCAAGUCACAGAGUAUGAAGGAAGUGAAAAGAUCUCGACAGGGUCUGGAUAUCGAGUUUCAAGAGAUCGAUGUACGUCUGAAGAAACAGCAGCAGCCUGAAAUCAUAGUCAAUCCCGAUGAUACCUCAUGCGACAUUGAAGAAGAUCUCGGCAAGGUGGAGAUUAGGAGAAGCUCAGCCAGUAUGGAAGACAUUUCUAAGAUGGCAAAGCAGGCGGAAGCGGUCAUACUGGGUUCGCUGAAUUCCAAGGCGGAGGAACGUCCGCACACCGGUAGUCUGGAUUCGAUGCUCUGCAAGGAGGUGUUUAAAUCACGAAAGAAGCAUUCCACUGUGUUCGCGUCGCGCGCCACGACCAAAAAAUCAUCGCCCGGUCUAUUCUCGCGAUUCAAAUCCGGUAUGAGCAUUGACAGUACUCGAAGCAACAGCAACAGCGAUUCUCUGCACGAUCACGGUUAGCAAAGCGGCUGGAUAUCUUCGUUGACGGCCAGUUUUCGGCCAAAGAGGCACCCGAAUGAAACGCCGCUGUCGCCGCAUCCACCGAGGUCGCCCAGCAGAGAAGAGAUCAUGUAAUACGUCCUGGUGGUCGAGGAUCCCUCUGAGAAGAAGCUCGGGCUUCGCGGUUGGUGGCCCGAAAACCUGUUCUGCUGCAACAGUUAGGACUCCAAUGGAAAAAGUUUGAGCCUAGUUUAGGCUCAGAAAUAUCCAGGAAUGUCUGUCGCAUUGUAAUACAAGGGAAAUUAGUAAAAUAAUUGUCAAGAA